AAUUCAACUAACUAUGAGAGGAGACAAUCCUGCGUCGCAGGAGCCCCCACAUCCUAAACCCGGAUAUAAUAAAUGUGGACUCAGGAUGUUGUACCUCCUCGUACCUCCUCUCGCAGUUUACAGUUAGAAUAGAGAAUUAUGGCUCCUACCGUUUUAAUCUUAUCUCUUCUACUUAGCAUACUUAGCAUACAACUAUCUGUAGCAUUGACUAGUGUCUGUAAUCCGCGUGAUGGUACCUAUGGAACUCCAAUUGACAUUCAUAGAACAUGCUCUGUCUACCGUGAUGAUUCGUUUUCCUGCAUGAACAAUACUUUCAUUCACCAAUGGAGUGCUUUGGAAUGUGGUAAUGAGUAUCGUGAUCAAUGUAUAGACAGUUGCCCUGGUUUUUUGGGAAUGAACCUCACGUACGAGUGCUCUUUUGAAGGAGCUCGGCUAUACAGGUACAAGAAUGGCGAGUACCAGUAUUUGAAUGGGUCCUCGGUUAACUACGGUCUACUAUUGCCAGAACAUGCUGGGCUGUACGAGUGUCGCAACAGUGCAAAUACUGAAGUACAUGCUCAGAAUAUCACUGUGAAUGAGGAGAUUCGUAUCGGUUCACAUUGUAAAAAAUUUCCAUAUAUAGACACUCGAUAUAUGUGCUGUUCUAGUAGCUCUUGGUCUGCCUCAAGUAUUGGGUCAUCUUAUGAAUUUGCUGUGUAUGCAAACCCAGCAAACAAUGUGUCAGUGACUAUUGAGCAAAUUAAAUGGUUGGUAGGCAAAGAUGCUAGGAAUGGUGUGGAUAUUGGAUUGUACACACUGCAAAACAAAACUAAUCCUACGAUAUGGAAAGCUGGCUUCAGGUAUAUUCCGUAUAGAGUGACAGACAGGAAUCCGAGCAUUAAAGUCCUCGUUACAGCCAGCACAACCAACUACUCCCAUUCUGUUUGUGUUACAAUAAAUUUUCAAUUGGAGAAAGCAGGUUUACAAAUUGAAAAUACAAGUCUACCUCUGAAUACUACAGUGUCUGCAGGGCAAGAUGCAAUCUUUCAAUGUAGAUACCUUUAUGCUAGCACUGUAGAUGCUAGUCAUUUUCUGAUCAAAAUUGAUUAUUCAAAGCCUGUUGUUUUUGGAAAUACGACAACAAUUGAGACCUGCUCUAUGCACCUUUCUUUAUCAAAACCAUACAACUACACCAGUGAUAAUUGUACAAUGCCUCAUGUGAAGAAAGCAGUCAUUAAAAUUAACAGCAUAUCAUCUGUUGUGGAGUACACACUUCGUAUACCAAAAGUGACUGCUGAUCUCUCUGGAAGUAUUGUAUCCUGCUCAGUCGUAAAGUUUUCCAACCUUCGUCUUCAAUGGAGGACGUCUGCCCAUCUAACUAUUACCGAGUCUGCCAACAUAACUGUAACUGAGUCUGCCCACAUAGCUGUAACCGACUCAGUCACUGAAGUAUCCACAUCUGGUUCAAAGUUUGCAGCUUUUGUAGUAAUUAUUUUACCAGUCAUUGUUGUUAUUGUUUUUCUAGUACGAAAGUAUAGACAAAGACGUGUCCUCAAUCAGAAUGGACAUUCAUAUCGACAUACUCGCUUGUAUGAAUCCCAGUCCACACUCUGUGACACAGAGUCAGAUGGAGCAGUGUGUGUUCAGAUAUCUAAAAUUAAUGGUGUGCAAAGAAAUGGACUUAUGGUGGGAGAACAAGUACCCGGAAACGGUGUAAACAACAAUGGUCAGACUGGAGUGUAUUCUCAAAGACUAAUUGGCUUCUCUGAUGGUAGACCAAGUUCACCUUAUCAAAGAGACGAGCCACCUGAUCGUACUUUAGAGUUGUACGAUCUUUCUGAGCUCACAGAAUUUGUCGUCUACAUCAGCUACACGGAUGCGACCAGUGAAUGGGUGAGAAAUGAACUAAAACCACUCAUCGAAUUGUUACAUCCUGUUAUUCGCGUGAACAUUCAUGAAGACAGUAUGAUACCAGGAUUUUCCGUAUCUGGAGAGCGACACAGACUAAUACUGGGGGCAGAUAAGAUUGUGAUUGUGGUCUCUAGUGACUAUGCAAGUUCUGAGUGGUGUGUAUACGAACUGGAGCAUGCAAUUUAUCAGAAACCAGCAUUGUAUAAUGGCAGGGUCAUCCCCAUAUUAACUGAGAAUAGUAACCCUUUGCCGCAAAUCAUCCACGGAGUUGUGUGUCUGUGCAGUAAUGAGGAUAAUUUCAAAUCAAGAUUACAUCAAGCUAUUUUCAAGAAGCCAAACUCUAUGAACUCUUUUUCGCUACACUAUAACUAAUAACCUGCUAAUAAUUAUUUUUUCAACCCAAUUUCUACUAAACAUGACAUAAUUAUUGUAGAUUAA